AUGGAUACAUGGCUUGGAAGCAAUCCGUUGAGAGUGCAAUUUCCGAGCUUGUAUCUCAUUACUACAAAUAAGAAGGCCCUUGUAAGUGAAUGUUAUCGGAAAAUUAAUAGUGGGAGGUUAUGGGACUGGAAGUGGGAAAGAAUCCCAAAUAGUGAAUCGGAAUUACGUGAAUUGAAUGAUCUAUAUUCUCUUCUACAACUGCAGCGAAUCUCUUGCAGUAAAGACGUGUGGUAUUGGCAUAACUUUGAACAACAAGAUCUAAGCACGAAAGUGGUGAGGCAAGCUUUAAAUCGGAACAUUGAUUUAAAUGAUCCAGCUACAGACUUUGUUUGGAAUCGAUGGACUACUAACAAGAGUCUGAUGUUCGUAUGGAGAGCGAUGGAAGGCAAGAUCCAGACGGCAGCGGCGUUAAGGAACAGAGGUCUGAAUAUACCCGAUACUUCCUGCAAGAUAUGUGGGGCGGCAGAGGAAACGGCGGAGCAUGUUCUCAUUCAGUGCAAUUUCGCUAAAAGAAUUUGGGAUAAGAUUGCAAAUUGGAUCGGCAUCCCAAUGAUAAACCUGGAAGGAAGCAUAAAAGAUUUAUUUCAAGAACUAUUUGGGCUACAAAGGAGCAAAAAGGUGAGGAAAGCGAUACACGCAAUAGCUAUUCAAACAAUGUGGGCAUUAUGGAAGAAUAGGAACGGAAAAGUAUUUUCAAACAAACACGGUCCGGUACAAUUAAUAACGGAGGAGAUUAAAGAAGCUUCAUAUAAAAGUUUAAAGGCGAGAUCAAAGUAUACUUCGAUUACAUGUCAAGAAUGGUGGGAUUUUAAUGUAGUUUGGUAA